AAAAUGCUUCAUCUCUCAGUGAGCUGUUUAACACGGCUCAGGCAGCAAUUGGUACAGGGACAGCAAACCAGGCUGCAUCUGCUCAGCCCCAGUCACAAGCUCCCUGCUUCCUCCGUGUGUGUGUGUGAGCGAGCGAGCGUGCGUGCGUGCGCGUGUGUGUGCUAGACACAGGCAUCCGCUCCCCGCAUCUCGCCGUCUCCUGCAUCCUCCAGGAGCGAGCAGAGGCUCUGGCUCCCCGCGUCCCAGCCUCGCCGCUGUGUCUCCCGGCGGGGAUUUGCGCGUGGGGCGUGGGAUGCGCUGAGCACCCGCGGGACCAGAGCGGAGGUGGUGGCCGGGAGCAGCUGCCAUGGGCAUCGCGUGGGAAGCUCUCUAGGGCUCGCACUCCCAAGCACGACCCUGACCCUGAGCCAUGGGGGUGCUGAUGUCGAGGCGGCAGACGGUGGAGAAGGUGCAGAAGGUCAGCUUGGCCGUGUCGGCCUUCAAAGACGGGCUGCGGGAGCAGCCGGCGGCGCGUCGGCGGGCGGAGGCUGGAGGCACGCGCCGCGGGACGCUGGAGCAGACGGUGCAAGAGGCAGAGGAGGAAGCGCCCGCGGGGCCCUCGCAGCCGGAGGAGGGCAGCGCCGGCAAGGCCGCGUGGGAGCGGCUGCGGGACGGCCGGGGUGUGGAGCCGGAGGAGUUUGACCGAGCCAACAGGUUCACGCCGCCCGCCUUCAUCCGGCCGCAGCGGGAGCUGCACGAUGACGAGCCUCCGGACAUCAGCCUGGAGCAGCGGGAGCAGAUCCUCAACGACGAGAUGUGCGAGAUCUGCGAGGUGUGGACAGCCGAGAGCCUCUUCCCCUGCCGCAUCUGCAGCCGGGUGUACCACGACGGCUGCCUGCGCCGCAUGGGCUACCUGCAGAACGACAGCGCCGUGGAGGUGACGGAGACCGCGCACACCGAGACCGGCUGGAGCUGCUACUACUGCGACAACCUCAAUCUCCUGUUGACGGAGGAGGAGAUGUACAGCCUGAUGGAGACUUUGCGGCAGUGCAAGAUCAUUCCAGACACCUGCCUGACGCUGGACGACUUCCUGCACUACAAGCACCUGGUGCACAAGCAGCAGUUUGAGCAGCCCAUGGGGGAGGCGCAGGAGGAGCGGGCCACCCUGCAGUUCUCCGCCCUGGACCCCGACAAGAAGGGGCACGUCGAGUGGCCGGACUUCCUCUCCCACGAGUCCAUCCAGCUGCUGCAGAAACUCCGGCCGCAGAACUCCCUGCUGCGGCUGCUGACGGCCAAGGAGCGCGAGCGGGCACGCGCGGCCUUCCUGUCCCUGGACCAGGACAGCGACGGCUUCAUCGUGGAGAGCGAGUGCCACAAGGCACGGCACGCCUGGUUCCGCAAGCACCAGAAGGAGACGCCGUCCUGCAGCGUGAGCAUCAGCCACGUCGGGCCCAUGUCGGAGAGCAGCCCCGCCAGCAGCGGCAGCGCCAAGAGCCAGGAGAAGACGCCGCUGGCCGCGGAGCAGGAGGACGCCCGGCGCGUCGACUGGCCCGGCUUCCUGCGGGACAACGUCGCCUACAUCCUGGCCGCCCGCCCCAACAGCGCCGCCGUCCACCUGCAGCCGCCCGCCUAGCGCCCGUCCCGCCCGUCCCGCCCGCCCCGGCGCCAUCUUGGCCGGCGACGCCUUUCCCCCCUUAGGGAAGAGCCCCGUUGUCGUGGAAACCUGCCCUGCGUAUCCCAUUGGCUGAGGGAAGCCCUGCCCACUUCGCCCCGCCCGCCAAUCCCGCACGGCUCCCCGCUGCUUGCCUGGGGGGGAGCCAGCUGCUGAUUGGCUGGCGGGGGAGAAGACGCGCCGCUUCUCCUCCUGUCUGCACGUCGGAUUGGUCGGGAGGGAUGGGUGGUGGGCUGUGAUUGGGUGAGGGAGG